GCAACUCCCGAAACCAGGAGUUUCAGGAGCCGGCAAAAAGUGUUUUUCAAAAAAAAUUUUAUAAAAUGAGUUCGGGUAAACCGCUACUUGGUUUGUGGUUGUACAGAAGUGGAGAGGACUGGAGCUACAAAGAGGAUAGUCCCAUUACUCUUAAAACACAGACAUCUUCCAGUGAGGAACAUGCGAAACCGGAAGAAAAGGAGAAGGUAUCGAUAAUAUUCAGUUUAAAAAAUCAAGUGGGCGGUUUAGUAAGAGCUCUCCAGGCUUUUCAAGACAUGGGAAUUAACGUUCAACGAAUAGAAUCGAGACCGUCUCAAGAAAAUGAAAACCAAGCCGAUUUCAUUGUCGACGUAGAAAGCGAACCAAAAAAGUUAGAACAGCUGAGUAUACUUUUGAAACGGGAAGUGGUGACUAUGGUAAUAGGAAAAUACGGAACUGAGGAGAGUGAAAAUGAGUUUCCACUUCCAACGCCGCUAUCCGCCACAGCCAGUUUUGAUUUCGAUGAAAUGCCCUGGUUCCCCAAAAAGAUUUCGGAGAUAGACUUGGCGCAAAACGUCUUGAUGUACGGAAGUGAACUGGAUGCUGAUCAUCCUGGAUUCAAGGAUCCCGUUUAUCGAAAAAGAAGAGAACAGUUCUAUCAAAUUGCUAUGAAGUAUAAAUAUGGGGAUCCAAUUCCAAAAGUAAAAUACACGCCUGAAGAAAUUAAGACUUGGGGCACAGUUUUUCGCGAAUUACAAAGACUUUACGAAAAACACGCAUGUAGAGAAUAUUUGGAGAAUUGGCCGCAGCUGGUUAAGUAUUGCGGAUAUAGAGAAGACAACAUCCCUCAGCUUCAAGACGUCAGCGUGUUUCUUAAAAGAAAAACUGGAUUUUCUCUUAGACCCGUUGGAGGAUACUUAAGCGCCAGAGAUUUCCUGGCAGGACUGGCAUUUCGCGUUUUUCAUUGCACUCAGUAUAUCAGACAUUCUACGGAUCCGUUUUAUACUCCAGAACCGGAUUGCUGUCACGAAUUAUUGGGUCAUAUGCCACUUCUAGCAAAUUCCAGCUUUGCACAAUUUUCCCAAGAGUUAGGGUUAGCGUCCCUUGGAGCCUGCCAAGAAGAUAUUGAUAAACUCGCUACACUAUAUUUCUUCACUGUGGAGUUCGGUUUGGCCAAACAAGACGGAGAGCUUAAAGUAUAUGGAGCUGGAUUGCUAAGUUCAGUAGCAGAGCUCAAACAUGCUCUAGAAGUAAAAGAUAAUGUGAAACGGUUCGAUCCAGAUCUUACCUGUCAACAGGAAUGUAUCAUUACGGAUUACCAAUUAGGAUACUGGUAUACAGACUCGUUUGAAGAAGCCAAAGAGAAGAUGAGAACUUUUGCAGAACAAAUCAAAAGGCCGUUCGGCAUUCGAUACAACCCCUAUACACAAACGGUCGAAGUUUUGAGCAACGAGAAGAAGAUUACAGCUUUAGUAUCGGAACUUCGGGGUGAUCUGUGCAUUGUUAACAGCGCUCUUAAGAAGAUUAGCGCCAGGGACUCCACAUUAGACGUUAAUCGAAUCGCAAAAUUGCUUCAAGGUGGAUUAGUCACUGAUAAUAACGAAGAACAUGACAAUUUGGAACUUACUAAUGACAAACUGGGGAAAAAUACAGAAUAAUUUAUUCGAUAAUAACUCUUUAGCCAUUUAAUACAUUGUAGGGUCUAUUGUAUUGUUGUAGCAGAGAUCUGGUUUUAUUUUGUUUAAUAAAGACUAUAGAACAACCUUUUU